CCUUACAAGUGUUACACAGUGAAUACGUUCAAUUUCAGAAUUCUCAGAAGAAUUACUUCAUUUUCCAAAAAAAAAAAAAAAACGUGUCUUGUCAAUUAAAAUCAAUUUCUUACUUAUUAACCAUGGAUCUAUCCCAAAAUUUCUCGAUGUGAGAUUCGCCUAAAGUGUUACAUUCAGUAAGAACUUUUGUCAAUGAAUCGAUUUAGGUGUCUAAAUUUUUUAAUGAUAUAUUGUUUUUCUUCUACAAUUAGUGAAAAGUUCAUAUUCUUUUUUGGUACCAAAUGAAACAGAGGACGGGUCUGCACUUGCAGCAGAGGCAAACAUAACUCAUUCAAAAACUCCUAACUAUAGUAGCUUUUGAAACAGAGGAAAAUUGGAUCACCAAGUUAGUUCUAUUUCCCAUUUCGGUUAAACUGUAAAAUUUAACCAGGCAACACUCUUGUGAACAACCGGAUUUCCUCCCCAACUCCAUUCCAACAGUUACCAAAUUCCUAACCUUCACCAAGAAACCAGUGACAACCCCAUUAUAAUUACCGGUUUAAAAUUCAAACCCACACUACUAACCUUCUUCUCUCUACUUCCUCCAAUAAGCAAACCGAGCAGUUUCCCUUUCAGUACCCAAACAAUUAUUAUAAACUCUGUUCUGCUGCUGCAGUUCCCACCCUCACCCCAAAAAAAAGUAACACAACAGUUACUUUUGAUCAAACCAACAAUGGAGUCGCUCUUCCUGCUGUUGUCCUACAUCCUAAUUUCUUCCUGCCUUCUUCUUACCACGGUCCACGCCGGUUCAGGCUACGUUUACUACGACUGGACCGUGUCGCUCUCGAUUCGCUCCCCACUCGGAGUUCCCAAGCAAGUGAUAGUGAUCAACGACAUGUUCCCCGGACCGCUGCUCAACGCCACCACCAACGAUGUGGUCAGUGUCAAUGUCCGCAACCACUUGCCCGAACCAUUGCUGAUAACAUGGAAUGGGGUGCAAAUGCGAAGGAACUCGUGGCAGGACGGGGUGCGAGGAACAAACUGCCCGAUCCAGCCUGGUCAGAAUUGGACCUACAGUUUCCAACUCAAGGAUCAAAUCGGGAGCUUUUUCUACUUCCCGUCGCUUCUUCUUCAGAAAGCUGGUGGUGGAUACGGCGCCAUUCAUGUCAACAAUCGGAAGGGGAUUCCGAUUCCGUUCCCCCAGCCGGCUGAAGACAUCGACCUGCUGGUCGGAGAUUGGUACAAUGUGCAUCACAGGGAUUUGAGACAGAUGCUGGAUCAAGGGAGGCAUUUGCCUCGUCCUGAUGGGAUUCUCAUCAACGGACAUGGCCGAUAUAAUUUACACUUUCAACCGGGACUUACCUACAGGCUGAGGAUCUCCAAUGUGGGAAUCAGAACAUCGUUAAACUUCAGAAUCCAAGACCAUGCCUUGCUUCUGGUGGAGACGGAAGGUUCUUACACGGUGAAGAAGUACUACAGCAGUUUGGACAUUCACGUUGGCCAAUCUUACUCUGUUCUAGUCAGGGCAAAGAACCUGACGCAUGGUCAUUCCUUCUACAUCUUCGUCAGCUCUCGAUUUACGAAGUACGAGCUCUUGGGGCUCGGCGUGGUGCACUAUCCCGACUCGAGAAUGCCUCCCUCUGGUCCAAUCCCAACUCGGCCUGCACCGUUCGACUUUGGUUUCUCCAUCAAUCAAGCUCGCUCCAUCAAGUGGGAUUUGGAUGUGGGAGCUGCGAGGAUGAACCCACAAGGCUCGUACCACUACGGCGCCAUAAACGUCUCGAGGACGCUCAUCCUCGAGAACGGUCUCGUCGUGGGGAGCAACAACAGGAUCCGCUACACUGUCAACGGCGUGUCCUUCUUGCACCCGGACACGCCGCUGAAGCUAGCCGAUCGAUUCGAAAUGUUCGACGAGCUCAAGAUCGUGGUCCCUUCUUUCCCCGACGCUCCACAGACUGCAGAGACGAUGAAGCUGCAGCGAAUGGGAGCGUCGGUUGUGGAUGUGAAGUGGCGCGACUUCUACCACUUGGUUUUCCAGAACCCUCUCCCUAACGUCCAGACCUGGCACCUCGACGGAUACAACUUUUUCGUUGUUGGAAUGGGGGAAGGGCAGUGGAACGAGAAGGCGAAAUCGACAUACAACAUGAUCGACGCAGUAUCGAGGUCGACGGUUCAGGUGUAUCCUCAGGCAUGGACAGCAGUACUGGUGAUGCUGGACAACAGAGGGAUGUGGAACUUGAGGUCGCAGAACGGAGAGAAAUGGUAUCUGGGGCAGGAGCUGUACCUGAGAGUGAAGGGCGUUGGAGCUGAAGAUCCAUUGACGAUUCCAGCAAGAGAUGAAGCUCCGAUCCCUGGGAAUGCCAUCUUGUGCGGGCGAGUCAUGAAUCACACCAACGUUUGGGUUCCAAACUAGAGAAAACAAAAACGAACCGUCUCUCUGUACUGUUUUAAUCAUAAAUUCCAAAGAUGUCACUAUAGGGUUAGACUCCAUUCUAAUAGCAAUCUCAUAUGAAAGCUAAUCAAAAUAUUGGAUUAGUAUAUUUUGAAAAAUCCAAUUUGCACCCACAUGAAACAAGACAACUGGGUUGAGUAAAUGAACCCAAUUGGGGGUUCGACCAGUGGUUUUUGGACCCUUUGGUUUUUCAAGCUUUUUGUAAGACAUUGGGGAUCAGAUUAGGUACAAAUUGGGGUGCCCAAAUUGUCGUAACCAGGCUUUGGACUGGACACCCAUCCCGCAUAAUUAUGCGAGAGUGACCCACUCAUCAUGCCCCGCUUACUGCCUGAAGGAUCAUGGUUUGGUUGGCAGGCUCGAUUCCCAUUUUAUAGCCUUGUUGUCGACUCCGUUUCCCAUCACACUGUCGAUGUGGUAUUUGUUUCCUCCGUCGGGGUUCUCACAAGCACAAAGCAUAUUCCUGAUUGGUUAACGAUGAUAUCACUUGGCAAAUUGGCAUUCACUUGCAGCUCAAGUGCCUUUAUGAAUCUUAUGGGAUUGGAUAUUAUGUGGGAUAUUAAUUGUGAUUUGUAAUCAAUCGCGCUGGAGUUGUACAACUGGAUAAAAAAAAAAAAUCAAUAGUGACUAUAAUUACGAUUGGAUAAUUUAUCACAAGGCGCGAGUAAAAACAAUGACUACAUUUAUGUCUGAAUACAACUAUGAUCCAGGU